AUGGGCGAGCGCAAGGUGCUGAACAAGUACUUCCCGCCGGACUUCGAUCCGUCGCUGAUCCCGCGGCGCAAGAAGCCCAAGAAUGAGCAGGUGGAGGUGCGCAUGAUGCUGCCCUUCUCCAUCCAGUGCGCCACCUGCGGCGAGUACAUGUACCGCGGCAAGAAGUUCAACUCGCGCAAGGAGGAGGUGCUGGAGGAGAACUACCACGGCAUCCGCAUCUACCGCUUCUACAUCAAGUGCAUCACGUGCUCGUCCGAGAUCACCUUCAAGACGGACCCCAAGCGCGGCGACUACGUGGCCGAGCACGGCUGCCAGCGCAACUUCGAGCCCUGGCGCGAGACGGAGGACGAGCAGGAGGCCGCCAUCGCCCAGCGCGCCGAGGAGGAGAAGGGCGACGCCAUGAAGGCGCUCGAGAACCGCACGCUCGACUCCAAGCGCGAGAUGGACAUCCUGGACGCGCUGGACGAGAUCAAGGCCAUCAACCAGCGCCACGCCAAGGUGGACACGGACAAGCUGCUGCAGCAGCACGCUGACGAGGGCAAGCUCAGCAAGGAGGAGCAGGAGGAGCAGCUCGAGGAGGACCGGCGCGAGGCGCAUCGCGUGUUUGCGGAGAGGCAAAAGCUGCAGCAGAAGCAGAACACGCUGAAGAGGCCAGUAGCAGCAGCGCCGCUUACACUGGCGGUGACGAUAAAGAAGAAGACCACAGUAGUUGCCAAGAAGAAGAAGAAGGCCAAGGCGAAGGCACCAGCAGCACCUGUAGCCAGCCUAGUAGCUGAAUAUAGUGACAGCAGCGACGAAUAG